AAUGACAUGUUAUAGGUCAUUGGUCGUCAUAACCUAGAAAGUGUAGGGAAAAGGUAAACAAAACUUUAAUUAUGUUUGUUUAGGUAUUUUUUUGAAUUAUGACAUGAAUAAGAUUAUUUAUUAUGAUUUUGCGUAACUUUACUCGUGUGAGUCUCCUCCGGAGUUCCCAAUUUGGGUGGAAUAUUCCUUGGAUGAAUUACUAUGAAAGAAAAUUAUCAGUGCUAUGUGAUCACCUGAAUAUAAAUAAAACUAAAGCUGAAUAUUUAACCUUGAAACACCCUAUUAUAAAGAAAUUAACAGGUGACAAGAUGACUGAGCUGAUAAAGACUCUUCGUAAAUUGGGAUAUCCAAAAGAAACUUUGGUAGAGGAACCAUUGCUGUUUGGUAUGUUGCCUGUAACUAUCAAAUUUCGAUACGAAGUUCUACAUGAAUGUGGAUUUGAGAAUGUGUCUCCAAGGCACAUCACUUCAUAUUUACCACUAGUGAAACAAAAAACCAUUGGAGACCUAAAAAGUACUGGUGAAAUUUGUGAUAUUGUAAAUGUUGAAAACAGGCUUGCAAGUUACAUGUCACAAUGGCCGACGUCGCUCACUACACUUGUAUAUGGAGAUGUUAAUCUCAGUACACUGUAUUCAUUACGCCUUAAAAUUAUUCAAAGAUAUUUGGAGCUUGUAUUGGAUCUUACCACAGAGGAGUUUUACCGAGGAUUAGAAACAUAUCCCACAAUCAAACAUCGUCCAUUGGCAUCAAUAAAUGAAACUCUAACAAUUCUCCAAUCACAGAUUAAUAUACCCACCCAUAAAAUAAAAUCUAAUUUAUAUUUAAUACACGCUGAUCCUGAUAACUUGAAACAUAUUAUUUAUAACUUUCAAUCAAUUGGUGGAAUUGACAUAAAAGAAGUCAUUAGGAUGCAUCCAAAGAUAGCAACAAAAAGUUAUUCAACAUUACUGGAAAUAAGAAAGGUCUUUGAAAAAUAUAAUAUAAGCAAUGAAGCUCAGACAAAAUGCUUUGACAUAUAUACUCUAGGGCCAGACACAAUAGAAGACAGAUUAGAAAAAGCAAAAUCGAUUCCAGAGUUCAGAACUUUCUUCAAUCAUCCCCGGUUCUUAAAGAUGAUAUAUUACAAUAAUACUGCAAUGAGAAGACUUGCAAAAUUAUAUAGUAAUAAUAAAAAAUGUUUGAGCCUCAAUAUUCUGUCUGGCAGCUCGGCCCACUAUGAAACAUUUGAGAAGGCUCCUGGGGACAGACUUGGAAAAGGCAAAGACCUUUUAUUUUGUAUCUCACAGUCAUUGGGACAUGAGUACCGCAAAAUAGAUAUUCGUAAAAAUAUUAAAAGACAUCCAUAUUGGAUAAAUAUACCAUUAGUACAAGUCCAACAUGUAUACCAGCAACUUUCUCUUGAAUUUUCACCUAAUGAUAUUUACCAAAAUUGUACAAUUUUACUGUAUCCUUGGAGUAAAAUAAAAGAAACUCUGCAAAUAUUUAACAAAAAGCGAAAGGAAAUUCAUUCUCCACUUCAUCAUGAACAUGUAGAUCUUAACAAAUUAAAUAAAUCACAAAAGUUGAGUCUGGUACUAUAUUUGCUGGAAAAAAACCAUUACUUCACUGGUAAUGGAGUUUGGAUUGAAGAGAAAAAUAAAAAACCAGAUUUAAAGCAUUCACAAGAAUAUAUAGCCACAUCUGUAUGAUAAAUUACUAUUUAUUAGAAUAUCUCUGAAGAAUUAAAUAAAAUAUUCAUCAAAAUAGUU